CGAGGAGGCGGAUGCCAGCUAACAGUUGCCACCUGGAGCUCUGCGGGUGCCACCUGGAGCUCUGUGCCCACACCUGGGCUGCGGGGAAGCACAGGGGGCGAUAAAUGGGCAAGACGGCAGCCUCCCAUCUCCGGAAGUGGGAGGGAGCAGCUCCUGCUUUGAAAUCAGCCAUGAAGCGGUGGUGGCAGCUCCUGCUAGGGCUGUGGACAGUCAUGCCGCCCAUCUGGGCUGGGGACGAGCUGCUCAAUGUCUGCAUGAACACCAAACACCACAAGCGAGAGCCUGGCCCAGAAGACAAGCUCUACGAGGAGUGCAUCCCCUGGCAAGACAACGCCUGCUGCACGGCCAGCACCAGCUGGGAAGCCCACCUGGAUGCGUCCCUGCUCUACACCUUCAGCUUGCUCCACUGCGGGGUGAUGAUGCCGGGCUGCGAGAAGCACUUCCUCCAGGCCAUCUGCUUCUACGAGUGCUCCCCAAACCUGGGGCCUUGGAUCCAGAAGAUGGACUCGAGUGGGCCAGGAGAGCGGAUUCUGGAUGCGCCCCUGUGCCAGGAGGACUGUGAGCAGUGGUGGGAAGACUGCCGUACAUCUUACACUUGCAAAUCCAACUGGCAUGGCGACUGGAACCGGAGUGGAGGGAAGAACCGCUGCCCUGCAAGGGCCAUCUGCCACCCUUUCCCCCAUUACUUCCCCACCCCGGCUGACCUGUGUGAGAAGAUUUGGAACCACUCCUUCAAGGCGAGCCCUGAGCCCCGGAACAGCGGGCAGUGCCUGCAGAAGUGGUUUGAGCCUGCUCAGGGCAACCCCAAUGUGGCUGUGGCCCGCCGCUUUGCCAGCAUGGCCCCGUCCUGGGAACGCUCCUACACGCUCAUGGCCUUCUCUCUGCUCCUGUCAUUCCUAUCCCAAAAGGCCCUUCUUCUCCCACCCACAUUCCUGUGCUCCCUCAGCUACGGGUCAGCCGGGCCACAGCAGUCUUCUUUCUUGGGUCCUUCCUUGAAUGGAGCAGCACCGGCUGGGGGGCUAGAGGGACAUUGA